AUGCUCCUGCAUCGCCAACAGAGCACAACCAGGCCUGCAAUCACCUCCCAGCAGUCCGGCCUGCAAACCAGUACCAACCUUAGCUUAGCUCUAGCAAUGGCUGGCAAUAGGAGCUUCUGCUUGGCGCUGGUCAUGUCCUGCGCGCUCCUGAUCGCAGGCAGCAGCAGCACGUGCCACGCGGCACGCCGCCUGGCCGACGACACGACCCCGGCGGCUGCCGCGGCUCCCGCUGCCGUGCCGACGGUGACGUUCCCGUCCGUGCCGUCGGUCACGCUGCCCACGGUGCCGCAGGUGACGCUGCCGCCGAUCCCGUCCAUUGCCGUGACGCUGCCGCCCAUGCCCAAGGUCACCGUGUCCCCGAUGCCCGCCAUCGUCGUGCCCAAGGUCACCAUGGCGCCCAUGCCGGCCAUCGUCGUGCCCAAGGUCACGCUGCCGCCGAUGCCGUUCGUCCCCAGCGUCAACGUUCCCAUGCCUACCCUCGCCCCGCCGCCGUCGGCGUAGGAGAUCCGGCGCCCCGCUGAUCGAGCUCGACUGGCUGGUCGCCGCCCGGCAUUGUCGAUGAUCGGCAUCGACCGAUCACUCUGUUGCUGCGAUCUAUACUUGCUUACAUUUGUUACAUGUGAUGUGUCCAAGUUUUUUUUUCCCUACAAUUUCUUUACGUCGCCCCGUAUGUGCAGUUUUAGUGUGUGUUGGCAGUUAAGGGUUGUCCCAUUGUACUUUUUUCGAGAUUGUAUCUCAUUGUACUUAUUACGUGUUUUUUCUAUAUACAUGUAUUUACACAUUAUUUCCAGCA